CAAAAAAAUGUCGGUGAAGAGCAAAGGAGCGGGUGAUAUAGCUAGAACUAGAAGGAAUGUCUUGUCGAGGAACUGGACUCUUUUCCUCUGCUUUGUCUGCUUCUAUGCUGGAGUGUUCUUCACCAAUAGGAUGUGGAUGGUGCCUGAAGCUAGAAAUAUUCCAAGAACAUCUGAAACUGUAAAUAAACGGUUAAAAUUAAAAUCCGAGGCUUGUAGUACAGAAGUUGUUAGAAAGCAUACAUCCAAUGAUAGUCUACAGGAAGUUUUCAAUACUGAACAUGCCAUGCAAAUGCUUAACAAGACGGUUUCUGAUUUGGAGAUGAAGUUACAAGCUGCUAAGGCAGUGCGUGAGUCUGUACAUAGUAGCAAUCCUGUGUCUGGAAACUCGAAGACUGUCGAAUCAACGUCAAAAAGAAAAUACUUCAUUGUUAUAGGAAUUAGUACAGCAUUUAGUAGCCGGAAACGAAGAGAUUCAGUUCGUAUGACUUGGAUGCCACAAGGUGAGAAAAGGAAAAAGUUGGAGGAAGAAAAGGGCAUAGUUAUACGCUUUGUUAUAGGUCACAGUUCAACAUCUGGGGGUAUUCUUGAUAGAGCAGUUGAAGAAGAGGAGAUCAUGCACAAAGACUUCUUAAGGCUGGACCAUGUAGAGGGUUACAUGGAAUUAGCAGCCAAGACAAAAACAUAUUUUUCUACUGCUGUAGCUUUGUGGGAUGCACAAUUUUAUGUGAAAGUUGAUGAUGAUGUUCAUGUCAAUUUAGCAACACUUGGAGUGACUCUAUCUAGGCUUCGUAUGAAACCUCGGGUUUAUAUUGGUUGCAUGAAAUCUGGUCCAGUCCUUGCUCGGAAGGGGGUUAGAUACCAUGAACCAGAGUAUUGGAAAUUUGGUACUGCUGGGAACAAGUAUUUCCGCCAUGCUACAGGACAGUUAUAUGCCGUCUCAAAAGAGUUGGCGACUUAUAUAUCUAUAAACCAACAUGUGCUGCACAAAUAUGCAAAUGAAGAUGUUUCAGUUGGAUCUUGGUUUAUUGGUUUAGACGUGGAGCAUGUGGAUGAUAGGAGACUUUGUUGUGGGACUCCACCUGAUUGCGAGUGGAAGGCUCAGGCAGGGAACAUGUGUGUUGCUUCAUUUGAUUGGCGAUGCAGUGGGAUUUGUAGUUCUGUUGAGAGAAUGGCGGAAGUCCAUCGGCGCUGCAGUGAAGAUGAGAACACUUUAUGGAGUGAGAGCUUCUGAGCAACACCAGAUUCAGGAAGGAAUACACUGAGCGUUACCCUGGGAAAGCAGACAUUUGGGUGUUCGUUUCCCCAACCUUUUGGUGUAGAUAAAUACAGAGAACAUAGGCAUAGGCUUCAGUCCUUCAUAAAGGACUGUUCUUACAUGUAACAUGUAGAAGUGGGGAGUUUAUCAUGUUAUUUGUUCAAUGUAACAAUGAUUUUGGAAGGUGUAACAACAAAAGUAUCAACUUAUCACAUACUAGUGUUAUACCUUUUUUAACGUCAUUUUUACAUAGCAUAAAUGCACGUUAUACCCUUCCUUCUACAUGUUACAGUACAAAACCAACCUACACUAUAAGACCACCCUAUAAAACUAUUACAAUGCUUAUACGAGAGAUGGUGUCGUUGCUGGGGGACUUUCUGCAUUUUCUGCUAAGCAAGUCAAAGCUUGGAUGCCAUAAAAGUGAUGAUGCGAC